GAAGAACUAAGGAGGUUCAUUGCGACGCUAAUCCCCUAAAAUGGUCAACCAAGCUUGUUGUGUGUACGUUGGCAGUCUGGAUUUUGAGGUUACUGAGACUCAGCUUGGUGAUCACAUGAAGUCCGCUGGUGAGGUGGAGUCGGUCGACAUCUUGACUCGUAGAGACGGCAGAUCUAAAGGUUGCGCUCUUGUCGAAUACAAGACCGAGGAAGCUGCUGAGAAGGCUAUUGAUACCCUCAAUGACACCGAGGUCGGCACACGCAAGAUAUUCGUCCGAGAGGACCGCGGGCCCAUCGAGGAGAUGGAUCGAGAUGCUGCUGCUGCUACCCGACAGGGGAAGGGCAAGGGUGGAAAAGGAAAGGGUAAAGGGAAGGGUAAAGGCUUCAAGGGUCGAGACAGAAUCCGUCCCUUGAAGGUCGGCGAGAAGGAUGUUCACAGGUUGAUCUAUGUUGGCAAUUUACCGUGGAGGACCGCCUGGCAAGACUUGAAGGAUCUUUUCCGCGAAUGCGGAGAAAUGAUUCGCGUCGAUGUGGCCGAGGGUUGGGAUGGAAGGUCGAAGGGCUUCGCCACGAUCCUCUUCCAAGAUGCUGAAGGAGCUCAAAAGGCUAUUGAAAAGUUCAAUGGUUACGAGUUCCAAGGACGUAAGAUGUUCGUUCGUGAGGAUCAAUUCUUGAAGGAGGACGGCACUUAUACUAGAAGCCGCAGAUCAAGCAGUCAGAAGGAAGCUGAUAAUGGCCCUACUCAAAAGGCACCGGUCGUCGACACCGAUGAUCGUGACGACUAAGUCGAGGCGUGUACCUCGCCACCUGUUCUCCUUUUAUCACUGCUGAAAUCACCAUAAGUAUAGUGACUAUAAGUUGGUGAAUAUGGUGGUUAUGUAGGGACUCGUGUAAGAAGUUGCCUUUUUAUGUAAGGCUACAUCGAUUUUCUUUCAUCGCGAAGGUUAUCGUUAGUUGUUGUAGUUGAAAUGGAGAGUAUUUGAGUAUCAAUUUAUGAGUUAGAAGAAGCUAGUUAUUACGAUACAGCGCAUCGCUACUCGCAAGUUGAAGAAUACAAUCUCCAUUGACCA